GAAUUCCAUAUACCCAUUUCAAGCAGCAAUAUUGACGCAUGGGCGCCGUAUUGAUUUUUUACUGCGUCGACGUCGGAAUCACUCCAUGGGGUGGUUUGUCGUUCUUUCUCUUUUCUGCCAGAUAGUGCCUUCUCUUGCUAUCAGCUAGCACCCUCUCUUUCUGCCGCCGCGUUGCCGUCGUUGGAUUUUGAGUUUCUGAGCAAACGCAAAUAGAACUUGAGCACAGAGAGCGACUAAAAGCAGUGUUGUGCGGUUCGUUAGCGGCCCUUAUCUCGUUCCAAAAAUUACUCAUUUUAUUUUUUGUACUACAAAAAGUGUGUGCCAAAAGUUAAGAGUUGACUUAGGAUAUAAAAAUAACCAAAAUUGAACAGAAAAUUAACUAGAGAAACUACCUAAAAAAUAGUUGCCAAAUCAACCAAAACAAAUUCCCGAUUGCAUUGCCCUCAACAACACAUCAAUCUAAAAUACCUGAGGCAAGCAAAAAAAUAAACGAACAUUUUUUAUGGUUACUGUUCAACCCAAGCAGCAACCAAUUUUCGAGCUCUAUAACAGUGCGCACGUGCAACGGUCCCCAAAAAAGCGAACGAGAACGAUAUACUUGAAGAGAUAGAAGAUUUAGAUUACAAACCUGAGCGGGAGCAUAUGCUUGGGGAUUCUGCGCAGUGAAAAAUACACCUAAAAACUGGGAGAAUGAAAAAAUUAAAGAACAAGAUUAGUGACUGGUAACAAUGAAUAAAAAAGUAAUAUUAAAGAAGAAGGGAUAUUCAAAUAAAUAGAAAUUUUGUAUAGAAAAUACAAUUCCAGAAUACCAAUAUUAGAAAUUAUAAACAAAGCUACCAUAGAAGAAAUAAGAGUCCGAGUCAAAAUCGUCCUGAUUGUUUCCAAUUUCUUAGGGUGGCCUGCCUGUGUCAUAUAGACCUUAUGCUUAGUGUAUCUUUAUAUUUAUUUGCAAAUAGUACAAGUACCCAAGUCCCGCCGUUUCUUAACUUUCAAACAAAACCAAUACGAUCUUAGGAUAGUACUUAGGUACUUAAACAUACGAAAAAACAAGAGAAAAUGCUAUAGUCGAGUUCCCCGACUAUCAGAUACCCGUUACUCAGUUAAUGCGAAUGCGAACGAAAAAAUUUAAAAAUUGCUCGAAGGUGUGAGCGUGACCGGUUCGGCGGCUUUAGGGCGUGGCAAAAAGUUUUUCCAAAUCGAUACAAAUUUAUACAACUAAUAAAAUUAUAAAAAAAUAUCUAACAAUUUUUCAAAAAUGUGAUCGUUGCAGUUUUGGGCGGUUUUAGGGCGUCAGAGUGGGUGUGGCAAAAAGCUUUUUUAACAAAUGGAUAGAAAUUUAUAAGACUAAUAAAAAUGUGAAAAAAUAUCAACCCACUUUUGGGCGUGGCAACAUUGGUCAACUUGCGCUGCGUCUUUGUGUCCAGAAUCUAUAUGCUGAAUCUCAACCUUCUAGCUUUUAUAGUUCGUGAGAUAUUGACGUUUAUACGCCCAAACGGACAUGUAUUGUUGCCGCUGCGUUUGUUGUCGAAUUAUUCUGAUUUGGGGUGUUGCGCAGCUCUGCUACUUCUGCUUCUUCACUAUUAAGCAAACAAACAACGAACGAGCGUGGACAAAUUGUUGUGUUGUAUACCUCUUUUUAAUCUAUGAGUAACAUGUAUAAACAUUGUUGAUCUGUAUUCUAAUCAACCCUGUGAAAGCUACUAUGGUCUUGGGUUUGAAAAAUAGGUGCAUACUGAGUAAUUUUACAUUUCGACCACACCGUUCUUUUCGCUGUAUGCCUUGCAUAAUUUACCGUAUUAAAUACCUUAACACUCUCUUAAGACAUUCCCGGCUUUGUUUUUCCGAACAGUUUUAUCACACUGUGCAUGCGAGUAAGACCGUUCUCAAUCCAGUGAGUAAGGCUUGAGGAAAGAAGAGGAUCGGAAGCAGAAAGGUUCAAAAGGGAAUCCCCACCGCCAAACUGGCCACCACAAGCUAUCGGCUAGUCGUGGCGCCGGCGGGCAGCCAAAGGAGUUCGACUGGAAAUGUGGUUGUCACCACCACCUCCUCGGGUAGUCACUCCUCGAAUGGGGCUAACGGAGGUACAGGAGGAACUUCUGCCGGGAGCAGCACUUUGGGAAGCGGCCUCAACGUGACUACAAUAACAGCAACCAGCGGCGGCCAGCUGCAAAGUGCCGGCAACACUUCCCAGAGCAACGGAACCACCUACAAGAUCGAAAUGCUGGAAGAGGAUAUCCAGAGCUUGGGCUCCGACGAUGACGACGAGGAUCUAAUCAGCAGUGAUGGCAGUUUAUACGAGGGAGAUCUGGGUUCCAUGCCAGUGAAUGAUGAUGUGGCCCACCAACUAGCGGCCGCAGGACCAGUAGGCGUGGCAGCAGCGGCAGCAAUAGCGAGUUCUAAAAAGCGAAAGAGACCCCAUUGUUUCGAAACGAAUCCCUCGGUUAGAAAAAGGCAACAAAAUCGAUUGUUGCGCAAGCUGAGAGCUAUUAUCUAUGAGUUUACGGGCAGAGUGGGCAAACAAGCGGUAGUUUUGGUGGCAACACCGGGUAAACCCAACACAAGCUAUAAGGUUUUUGGAGCCAAACCCCUGGAAGAUGUGUUGCGCAACCUAAAAAACAUUGUAAUGGAUGAACUGGACAAUGCACUGGCCCAGCAAGCUCCCCCUCCGCCCCAAGAUGAUCCAUCGCUCUUCGAACUUCCUGGCUUGGUAAUCGAUGGUAUUCCCACUCCCGUAGAAAAGAUGACCCAAGCGCAGCUAAGAGCCUUUAUUCCGCUGAUGCUCAAGUAUUCUACGGGACGAGGGAAGCCAGGAUGGGGCAGGGAGUCUACCAGACCGCCCUGGUGGCCAAAGGAGCUACCCUGGGCCAAUGUGAGGAUGGAUGCCCGUUCAGAGGAUGACAAACAGAAGAUCAGCUGGACACAUGCUCUACGCAAGAUUGUGAUCAACUGCUACAAGUACCAUGGAAGGGAGGAUCUGCUGCCCACCUUUGCCGAUGACGAGGAUAAGGUUAACGCGUUGAUUUCGCAAUCGGGCGACGAAGACGAGGACAUGGAGCUUUCAAAUCCUCCUACCAUCCACACGGUGACGACAAUGACGCCGCCGACGGGCAACAGCAAUCAACCGCAGCAGGUGAAUGUUGUGAAAAUCAAUAGUGCUGGAACAGUGAUCACCACCCACACGGCCCAAAGCAACACUCCUGCUCCGACAAUCAUCCAGAGUACCAAUAACCAGCAUGUGACCACGACGGCUACGCUGCCCGCCUCUACAAAGAUUGAGAUUUGCCAGGCGCCGGCUCAGAAUCAGCAGCACCAUCAGCACCACCAGACGCACUUGCCCAACGCUGUUCAUAUUCAGCCAGUGGCCGGAGGACAGCCGCAAACAAUCCAGUUGACCACUGCCAGUGGAACGGCGACCGCCACAGCGGUUCAGACGACAGCCGCCGCCGUAAGUGCGGCACAGGCUCACGCGCAUUCGCAGUCCCAGGCUCACUCCCAGUCGAGUGCUAACCAGACGGUCACUGCCCAGCAGAUCGCCAAUGCUCAAGUCUGCAUCGAGCCAAUUACGCUCAGCGAUGUUGAUUACACCACGCAAACGGUCCUCUCACAGAACGCCGAUGGUACCGUAUCGCUAAUCCAGGUAGACCCAAAUAAUCCAAUUAUCACACUGCCGGAUGGUACAACUGCCCAGGUUCAAGGUGUUGCCACGCUCCACCAAGGUGAAGGCGGUGCUACCAUUCAAACCGUUCAGAGUCUCACUGAUGUAAAUGGUCAUGAGAACAUGACCGUAGAUCUCACCGAGACACAGGAUGGGCAAAUAUAUAUUACAACGGAGGAUGGCCAAGGAUAUCCCGUUUCGGUGAGCAAUGUGAUCUCAGUUCCCGUCUCUAUGUACCAGUCGGUAAUGGCCAACGUGCAGCAGAUCCAGACGAACAGCGAUGGAACAGUGUGCCUCGCGCCGAUGCAGGUGGAGAAUGGCGACCAGCUGGAGACCAUCACCAUGUCGCCUGGAAUGCACCAGAUGAUGAUCCAAGGAGGUCCUGGCCAAGAGCCGCAGCUGGUCCAGGUGGUCAGCUUAAAGGAUGCCACUCUGCUAAGCAAGGCUAUGGAGGCCAUUAAUUCCGGCAACGUAAAGUCCGAAGACACGAUUAUUAUGGAACAAUAGCUGGAGCCCAUAGAAGGCAUGAUUUCGCCUGGAUUAAGCGAUUGACGUGCCAUGUUUUCUGGGCAUCGUAGCUCUCCUGACUGACUACCCGUCUAUAACUUAGGGUUCCUUUUGCCCCACAAAAAAAAUGUUUUCCAAGUACCUGAAAGGUGUUGCUAACGGAGACAGAAGCAAUAGGAACCCCAUGGUCCCGUCUACCCAAAUAUAAACCAUCUAGUCAUCGCAUGUAUAGUUAAGAGUGCUUUCCACCAGGAAAGGACUUUAGACUUUGCAUAUAUAAAUAUCUUUAACUACUCGUAAAACCCUAAUUCCUACUAUUUUUUGUGAGUUUUUUUUUGCUCUAAAAUAAUAUAAAUCUAAAUUUUAUUAGCUAUAAAAUUGUAACAAACGUAUGCCGAGGUGUAAACAUUAUAAGCGUUACUUGUAGGUGGGACUUUACAUAUAUGGUAAACUUGUGCAACAUUCGCUAUGUCUAACCAACUGAAUAAAAAAUUAAGAGAAAGAUAAGAGUUUAUAACUUAUACAAUUAACUUAGGACAACUCAUAAAGAACGCAAUGCAAUGUAACCAGAGAGCAUCACAUUAAACAUAACGUAUUAUAUAAUAGCUAACGAUUAUCGUUACUACUCAUAAUUAUUAAAUAAAC